AUGGGUGGGUACCUGUCUUUUAUAAACUACACAGACAAAAAUUUGCAAAGAAUAGAUUUUCAAAAAAAUAAAAAGAAUUGUUUUUUAGCGCACUGUGACUGUCGAGAUUGGUAUGGUGGAUGCCGGCGUAACAAUGAAUCCUGGUUUGAUGACGAUACAUGGAGUUAUCGAUGUGAUGGGAAAAACGGCACCAAUGCAAAAUUUUUGGGCUGCAAGACGACUUGGAGAGUAAACCGGACUGUUAUUGCUCCCGGUGAUAAUGUCACUAUUAAUGGUUUUUGGUACAGCUGUGAUGUAACUGACCUGAGAAUCAAGUAUCAACAAGAGCCAGCAUGUGACGAAGAAUGUGAAAUGCGCCAUGUUGGCGAAAUUUAUCGAGACGGCUAUUUUCAGUACGUAUGCUUAGAAUCCGGCAAGUGGAUAACCGGUUGCUUUUACCAGAAUGAAACCAGAGAUUGGGUGUUGUUCAAAAUUGGACAAACACGAUAUAAUGGUUUGGUGAAACAUGUGUGUGACAAAUACGACGAUUAUCCUGGGCGCGUUCAGUAUUAUGCAGAGGUACGAAACGAUAUCCCGUUUAAAAGUCCAAACAACAAGGGUAUUAAUCAAAAUCUGCCAUAUCCUGCAGAUAAUCGUUUGAAAACUCAACCUGUUCGUUGGCUGCAUGAGACAGCUGAGCACUUUACCGAAAAUCUUGACAAGUACAAUGUCAAAAUUAGAUAUUUACCACCGUCAAUCAAGCAGUGGUCAACUGAAGCACCUCAUCAUCAUCAUUCUUGA